CAAAGGUCCGGCCAAACACCAUGGCCUCGCACCACCUCCCCUCCUACCUAGCCCUGCUCCUCGCCUUCCUCCUCCCGCCGCUAGCCGCUUCCCAGUGGCCAAGCUGCGGCAAGAACGGCAACUACACCACCAACAGCGCCUACCAGGCCAACAUCCAGGCCCUCUCCGCCACCCUUCCCAACAACGCCUCCGCCUCGCCGACGCUCUUCGCGGUGGCCGCAGUCGGCACCCGUCCGGACAUCGUCUACGCGCUCGCGCUCUGCCGCGACGACGCCAACGCCUCCACCUGCGGCGACUGCGUCUCCCAAGGCUUCACGGACGCGCAGAAGCUCUGCCCCUACAGCAAGGCGGCCACUGUCUACUACGACCACUGCUACGUCGGCUUGUCCUCCAACCAGACCCUCCUCUCGCCCACAGGCGGCGAUAACGGGGCCCUCAUCCUGACAAACCAGCAGAAUGUGACCGCGCCAGUGAGGGCGUUCGACGCCGCCGUGGGCGCGCUCGUCAACGCUACCGCGGCGUACGCGGCCGACAACUCCUCCAGGCGAUUCGGCACGGGGGAAGCGGGGUUCGAGACGGUCGACAAGGCGAAACCAAAGAUCUACAGUCUCGCACAGUGCAGGCCGGACAUGGCACCGCCCGACUGCCGUAGCUGCCUGGCAGAUAUCACCGCCUACAUCCCAAAAUAUAUGAGCGGGAAGCAGGGUGGUAGGAUUCUAGGACUGCGGUGCAACUACAGGUAUGAACAGUAUCCCUUCUACUCCGGUCCUUCGCUGCUGCAACUUCCCGCGCCAUCCAUCGGGGCACCUCCAUCUCAAGCUCCAGCUCCCACGCCGGUGAACGCGACGCCAGUCUCUCCAACGCCGGUGAACGCGACGCCAGGCUCGCCACCGCCACCCGGAGGAGGAAGCACAGGGAAUGGAGCUGCUGGAAUUUUACCCAUUACACUGCCAAUAGUCGCUGCAAUACUGGCUUCUGUUGUAAUUUAGAGCACGAUUCUUGACGAUCUUGCCGGUUCUGCAUCUUGGCUGAUUGCUUAGCUAUAGAAACUCACUUGUGAAAGGUGCCUGCUGGAAUUUAUACCACUCUUCCCGGAAAGUGCUUUUGGCUCCCGGGUUUUAA